AUGUUUCAGAACACCCACGAGGUCGUGGAUCUACUCUUCAACAGGAACGAGAUAGCAAGUAGCUCCACUGGAAGGGCCGAGAUGCAGGCAAUGAGGAAGGACUGCUGCCCUUCCCCACUGCAGCCAGGAGAUGAUUCCUCGGGACCAGCGCUGCUAUGCCAUCUCGGGCUCAUAAACACCUGGCUGGACCGCCGCCCGCAGGACUUCUUGGAAGCUGCCCAGCAUCCGUGCCUCCAACGCCUCCGGGCUCAACUGCGGCUCCAUAUGUGUGGCUCUGAGCUGGAGCGCCAUGUCUCCCAUCUUCUGGCGCAGUUGGGGAUCCAGGAAUCCAUCCCGGGCGAGGCUACGGCUCCGGCAGCAGCCGCCCUGGUGGCUGUGACCCCGACUCGCGAGCUGGCUUCCGCUCCCAGCCGGAGGGUGGCCCUCUGCACGCUGGGUGGAACAGCGACGGCUGCCCGAGCGCAGGCCCCUUCAGCCUUGAAUCCGGCUGGCAGGCGUCUGGGAGCCCAAGCUGCGUGUGUGGAUGAAGAGCCACGGGCCACGCCGGCUCUGCUGCCUAGGCCUGAAGGGGCACGAGCAGCCCGCGGGGAGGCGUCAUCAUCCCCCACUUGGGCUUCGGAGCUUAGUGGCCAGGGACCAGCGGCGGCCGGUGCUGAGCUGGAGCCCUCCUGCUCCGGGGCUCCGGGGUUGAGUGGAGGAGAAGCAGCGGUGCGCUCUGGGGAGAUGCAGCCCUGCUUCAGCUUGUUACCUGUGCUCGGGGCCCAGCCUGCCCCAGAAGCCAUCGCUGAGGCAGAGCCAGCGUCCACCUUGGCUCCCCUUCUAAGCGCUAGAUCUUCAUUCUUCACUCCUGAGCUGGAGCUGCUCAUGUACUUAGCGCUGCUGCUCUUUGACCUGGGAGCUCCGGCUGCGCUGCUCUGUGGACUCGCAGUACUGGCUCUGCUGCUCUGUGCCAUGCAGGCUCUAGGCUCCCGUGUCCCAUCGGAGCCAGCGUCCCCCAUGGCUCGGGGCCCCGGUGCUGAUGGAGCUCCAGCAUGGAGUGCUGCCGACAGGGAGCCGUGUGCCAGCGGGGCUCCCAUGGUCCCUUGCAGCCAGCCGGCCUCCAGUGGUGUGCCGGCAGUGGACCUGAUCCAGAUCCUGGCGCUGCUUGUCUUCCGAGGACCCGAAGGCAUGCUCUCAGAUGUGGGAGUUCGCUUUCUGAUGCUCCAUGCGUUGAGAUCAUUCAAUUCUUGUGCCCAAUCAGAGUCACCUACCAGCUUGGCUCUGGUGCACAGUGCUCAGGGAGCAUUGGGAAGUAGCGUUGACGAUGAGGCCAGUUUGCCCUCGUCUCCUCCUCUCAGUCUUCAAGACCCGGACUGCAGUGCAGACCUGGAGGUGCUUCUCUCCUUAAGUGUGUUGUUUUACCGUUUUGGAGCACCCGCUGUGGCGCUCUUUGUGGUUGGAUUUCCGGCCAUGGUUCUUGUCGUGGUGAGAGCUAUAGCCUGUCACGCGGGCUUGGAGCCAUCGGCCACCUGGGCUCAGGUGCGCAGUAGAGAUGAAGCUCCAUCCUCCAGGCCUGCCGUGAAGCCACGAUCUAGCUCUGCUCCAGGAUUCAGUGUCGGAGACGCAGCUCCCAGGGCAGAGCUGGACCUCUUUCUGCCCGCGGCUGCGGUGCUGGCUCUGGUCCAGACACCCAUUCUGGCUUUGUGUGUGGGAGGAGCACUCGCUAUUGUGCUCCUCCUUGUAAGAGCCCCAAUUUCCCAGACUCCAUCUGGGAGUGCUCAGCUGGGGCCACAUUCCAGCAUGGUUUCGGGGCUCAGGCGUGAGGACACAGCAGCCUCCGGGGCCAAGAGGGAAGGCCCGAGAAGCUCGACGCCGGUGUCGGGCCUGCUUUGCACCGCAGCGGGCAAUGCCUGUGCUCCAGGGCUCGCUCAGGACAGCGCAGCUGCCUGGAGCCCUCAGCACGAGUCCCAUAACUGCCUGGCCACGGUGAAGGAGCAGGCUCCCUGCGCUUCUGGCCAUUCGGACCGGGAUCGGGCAGCAGUUCCUGCCCAAGAAGCUUGCCACCAUCUUUUGCUGGGCAGAGAGAUUGUGCGCAGCCGGAAGGAGCCUCCUGCCCUGACUGCAGUUCCCCAGCUGAUGUCGGAGCAGCUCCCCAGGAUGGAUGUGAAUGAAGAUGGCUUGGCCUCAGUUAUGGAGGAGGCCAGCGGGUCAGAGGUCAUCAUGGCAGGCACAGUGCAGGAGCAAGUAGAGCGCUUGCGGCUUGCCCAGUUGAUCCAGGACUCAAGCUUCAUUUACUACUACUUGGACACCUACAGGAUGUUUCAGGACACCCAGGAGGUGGUGGAUCUACUCUUCAGCAGGUUCUGGACUUUUGAAGCCCCCAUGGGCUGCUCAGGAAGGACUGCUGCCCUUCCCCACUGCAGCCAGGAGAUGAUUCCUCGGGACCAGCGCUGCUAUGCCAUCUCGGGGCUCAUAAACACCUGGCUGGACCGCCGCCCGCAGGACUUCUUGGAAGCUGCCCAGCAUCCGUGCCUCCAACGCCUCCGGGCUCAACUGCGGCUCCAUAUGUGUGGCUCCGAGCUGGAGCGCCAUGUCUCCCAUCUCCUGGCGCAGUUGGGGAUCCAGGAAUCCAUCCCGGGCGAGGCUACGGCUCCGGCAGCAGCCGCCCUGGUGGCUGUGACCCCGACUCGCGAGCUGGCUUCCGCUCCCAGCCGGAGGGUGGCCCUCUGCACGCUGGGUGGAACAGCGACGGCUGCCCGAGCGCAGGCCCCUUCAGCCUUGAAUCCGGCUGGCAGGCGUCUGGGAGCCCAAGCUGCGUGUGUGGAUGAAGAGCCACGGGCCACGCCGGCUCUGCUGCCUAGGCCUGAAGGGGCACGAGCAGCCCGCGGGGAGGCGUCAUCAUCCCCCACUUGGGCUUCGGAGCUUAGUGGCCAGGGACCAGCGGCGGCCGGUGCUGAGCUGGAGCCCUCCUGCUCCGGGGCUCCGGGGUUGAGUGGAGGAGAAGCAGCGGUGCGCUCUGGGGAGAUGCAGCCCUGCUUCAGCUUGUUACCUGUGCUCGGGGCCCAGCCUGCCCCAGAAGCCAUCGCUGAGGCAGAGCCAGCGUCCACCUUGGCUCCCCUUCUAAGCGCUAGAUCUUCAUUCUUCACUCCUGAGCUGGAGCUGCUCAUGUACUUAGCGCUGCUGCUCUUUGACCUGGGAGCUCCGGCUGCGCUGCUCUGUGGACUCGCAGUACUGGCUCUGCUGCUCUGUGCCAUGCAGGCUCUAGGCUCCCGUGUCCCAUCGGAGCCAGCGUCCCCCAUGGCUCGGGGCCCCGGUGCUGAUGGAGCUCCAGCAUGGAGUGCUGCCGACAGGGAGCCGUGUGCCAGCGGGGCUCCCAUGGUCCCUUGCAGCCAGCCGGCCUCCAGUGGUGUGCCGGCAGUGGACCUGAUCCAGAUCCUGGCGCUGCUUGUCUUCCGAGGACCCGAAGGCAUGCUCUCAGAUGUGGGAGUUCGCUUUCUGAUGCUCCAUGCGUUGAGAUCAUUCAAUUCUUGUGCCCAAUCAGAGUCACCUACCAGCUUGGCUCUGGUGCACAGUGCUCAGGGAGCAUUGGGAAGUAGCGUUGACGAUGAGGCCAGUUUGCCCUCGUCUCCUCCUCUCAGUCUUCAAGACCCGGACUGCAGUGCAGACCUGGAGGUGCUUCUCUCCUUAAGUGUGUUGUUUUACCGUUUUGGAGCACCAGCUGUGGCGCUCUUUGUGGUUGGAUUUCCGGCCAUGGUUCUUGUCGUGGUGAGAGCUAUAGCCUGUCACGCGGGCUUGGAGCCAUCGGCCACCUGGGCUCAGGUGCGCAGUAGAGAUGAAGCUCCAUCCUCCAGGCCUGCCGUGAAGCCACGAUCUAGCUCUGCUCCAGGAUUCAGUGUCGGAGACGCAGCUCCCAGGGCAGAGCUGGACCUCUUUCUGCCCGCGGCUGCGGUGCUGGCUCUGGUCCAGACACCCAUUCUGGCUUUGUGUGUGGGAGGAGCACUCGCUAUUGUGCUCCUCCUUGUAAGAGCCCCAAUUUGCCAGACUCCAUCUGGGAGUGCUCAGCUGGGGCCACAUUCCAGCAUGGUUUCGGGGCUCAGGCGUGAGGACACAGCAGCCUCCGGGGCCAAGAGGGAAGGCCCGAGAAGCUCGACGCCGGUGUCGGGCCUGCUUUGCACCGCAGCGGGCAAUGCCUGUGCUCCAGGGCUCGCUCAGGACAGCGCAGCUGCCUGGAGCCCUCAGCACGAGUCCCAUAACUGCCUGGCCACGGUGAAGGAGCAGGCUCCCUGCGCUUCUGGCCAUUCGGACCGGGAUUGGGCAGCAGUUCCUGCCCAAGAAGCUUGCCACCAUCUUUUGCUGGGCAGAGAGAUUGUGCGCAGCCGGAAGGAGCCUCCUGCCCUGACUGCAGUUCCCCAGCUGAUGUCGGAGCAGCUCCCCAGGAUGGAUGUGGCGAUGAGCAAGGGCCUCGUGCCCUAUCGGAGAAUCUUCCCGAAUGACUCUCUCCUGAUUCACGUGGACGACGACAACGUGCAGGAUGAGAGAAGCAAAGGGAAGCCAUUGAUCAAGUGGCGGCUCCCGGCCAAUCCAAAAGACCUUUCUCCAGAGGACCAAGAAGAAGCACAGAGUCCGCUUCAGCCGUCCUCCCAAGUAGAGAAAGGGCCAAAACCUUUAACAUCAUCUCCCCUUGGUCUGGCUGGACCGGGGCUAAUGACCGCACCCCUACACAGUGGCCCCGGCCACACCUCCCCUGCAUUCACCUCCAAUCCUGAAACCCUCUGAAUCCUCCUUCCCCAAUCCUGUAUUAAGUGAAAUGUGGCAGCCUUGCCUACUAGAAUGUUACAAAAAAAAAAAAAAAAAAAA